AUACAUGUUUACGGUCGGGCCCCCACCCCUAAUAAAAAAAGGCACCGAAGCUCUAUAGCUCUGUCCUGGACCAGGAGGGAGAAAUGGGUAUUGCGUUACGUUCGUGUUCAUCAAUUUUCUGUUUAAUGUCAGCGUGCGAGCUUCAUUGUGGCUGAGGGACGCGUCAUCCAGCCAUAAAUUUGCGAUUAUACAGCAUCGAGGAGACUGUUCAAACGGAUUCCGUCUCGCGCGCACACAGGCACAGGAUCCGGUGUUUCUAGAACACUACGUUUAGAGUUCGAGUGAUCGGAAAACCCCAGUGACUUCAGAAGUUAUUUCUUUGGAAUAAACAAUCCUAGGAAAGGUUAAUUAAUGCGAUUAUCGUUGAAUAAAUCAGUGACUUUAUGAUAUGCUUGUUUAAAGUUAGAUUACACUCGCAGGAAUUUAAGUCUGUUUGAGGAUUUAAAACGUCAGGAGGGUAAGGUUUUAGGCCUACACCUUAUCUAUCUUUUUGUUUUAUUCUCCUUUCUACAUAAAUCCGAUCCCCUGUGUUAUGAAUACAGUUUUGUAUCGGACUGACGUUUUAUAGAACAUGACCGGGACAUACUUUUUGGUGGGCAAGGAAAAUACUCGAAUGAGUUCAAGACGACCUAUCCGAAGUUCAUAAAAGGGAUUAUUGAAUCUAGACAGCGUUCGAUGCUUCUGGCUUUUCCUCUGGAUUUGGGAUUUAUUGCUUCUCGACAGAAUGGAAAGCCGGGAUUUCGCUCCUCCACACCACCUCUUGACAGAGCGGGGCGCGCUGGUUCACCACGCCUCCUCUCGGAUAGCUUCUGGCGGCCGAGGCACGGUGCAGCACCCCGCUCACUUCCAGCCUGGAAAGUACUAUUCCUCUCACAUCGCCAUGGCCCCACAUUCAGGUGGUUCGUUCAUGGGCUCGUUUCUGGCCAGCAGUUUGGGCUCUCCCCCGUCUCACCCUGCCUCCCCUUCCUCCCCCUCCUACAGGGGAGGACCUCACUCCAGCGCCUCCCCCAUCUGGUUCCCUCACUCACAUGAAGGGUAUCCCCGGUAUUCAGGAAGUCUGACUUCCCCCUUUCUUCCCAUGAGCUCCUUGGAUCACCAUAGCAACAGCAGCAUUCUCUACGGACAGCACCGCUUCUACGACACUCAGAAAGAUCAUUUCUACUUGCGAAGCCUGCAGUCCCAGUCCCCUCUUCUCUCAACCAAUCACAGCCUUCCGCCACUGUCUAGGACUGCCCCCGGACAUCCUCUGGGGUCCUGCAGCAGAGAAACAGACUCUGGGGGAGGAGGAGGUGGAGGGGGUCUCCAAAAGAGCUCCAAGGAACUGGGGAUGGUGGAAAAGAGUGUGUCGAAAGAGAAAUCCAUCAGCAAAGAGAGACACCAGGAGAGCAAAGAGAGACAUCAUCAUCAACACCAUCAACAUCAGCGUCAUCCGUUCUCUCAACCCCACUCCCUCCCCACUCACAUGGGUGAGGAGGACCACAGACACAAAACCCCCAGCCUGCCCACAGAAUACAGGGACGACCCUGCAAACCAGGGCUCCAAACACAACUGUGCUCAACUUAGCAAACUAUCCAACGGAGACUCUGUGUCCAAGGACGGGUCCCUGAACAGCUGUGGGAGUGGAGGGGGUAGCAGACCCCAGGGGAGUGGUAGUGGGGGGACGAGACGAUGCUCCAAGGAAGGGGGGGUAAGCGGGGAGAUGAGGAUAAGCGAAACUCUCCCCUCCUCCUCGUCAGACUGUCUGCGUCGAGCAGCCAUGAUGGGACCCCACAACCCCCAUGCCAUGGCUUCCUACUCCAUGCCCCCGCCCCCGCCCCCUCCUCCACCCCUACACAUGGGCCCUGCUGUGGGAGGGGGCUGGCUGCACCACCCUCAUCACCCCCAUCACCCUCACCCUGAGUUCUACUGCCCCCCUGCCCCCGCCCCACUCACCCUCACCCAUCCUAAAGAUGGAGUAUCUGGGAGGGAGGUAAAAGUCUCUGGCCCAACGUACAUCCCCUCAGUCGGGCCUUUAGGGGACAUGGGGUCCCCUGACUGCCAUGGUGCUGGAGGAGGAGAUAAGGGUGUAAAAGGGGCAGAGAACAGCGGAGGAGGAGGAGGAGGAGGAGGAUCUAGUGAAAGUCUUCCUUCUCUUCAUCCUCAUCCUGAUCGUCCUCAGUCUAGUAGCUGCCAGAGGAAGCCGCCGUCCCAGACGCAGCAGCCACAGCCACAGCAGCAGCUGGGCUACUGCAAGGCAGACAAGCCCCCGGACUGGAACCAGAACCACAACUACAACCAACACCACAGCCAGAACACCCAGCCCAACUCCCAGCCUCAGCCACAUAACCCUAACCGCCAGUCUGGGCCUCGCUCUUGCAGCCUAGAGGCUUCUUCCUCCAGGGGAGGCCUGGAGGUCCUAGAGGUCUACCGGGCCUCCCUGCCUCUGGAAGCCCAGAGUGCUCACCCCAGACCUGGGCACCAAGCCACCAAGACUGGGCCCAACGCCAGCACCCCGCCCUUCCGGGACUGUUCACACUCAAGUCCUCCUGAUGGAAAGGGGGGGUUGGGGGGGAGUGGAGGUGCCCAGAGAGAGGGACAGAAGGUUGCUAGGAUACUGCACCAGCGGCACAGUAGUCAUGGAAGCGGGGCGGGUUCUGAUGGAUCAGGGACUGAGAAGGGGAGAGAGGGGGGGAAGCAGAAUCAGAAGAGUGAGGGUGUUGUCAUGGGGUACAGGGGUCAUACUCCCCCCACGCUGCACCCCUGGGGGAUACCGAGGGGUCCCCAAGAAGACGAGAGGAGGAUCUCCCCAUACACAGAGUCCUACCCAGAUAACAAGACUCAAAACCACCACGAUCAACAGCACUGUAAGACAGCACCUCAUCCCUCCUCCCACUCCUCCCCCCACCCAGAAGGAGAGAGCAGCGCCAUGAAGAACCUGAUGAACUACAGUUCCCAGCAGCCUUUGGUGCUCUCCCAGAGGAGUCUCUUCGGGGUGGGCUGCCUGAAGCCGGGGGGCGAGAAGGGGGGUAGAUCCAGCACCCCUCAGGAGGCCCCCAAACAGCCCCUACCACCCAGGAGAGGGUCCACCAGCGAGGGGGAGAGGAUGGACGGAGGGGGGAGAGGUAGAAGGGAGGCGGGGGAGACACACGGGGAGGGGGAGGUACGACAGCCCCCUGUGGGUAUAGCUGUGGCGGUCGCCCGGCAGAGAGAGCCCCCCCAACACCCAUCAGACACCCCCCCAGGACACAGCCGUCAGGGCAGGGUGCUGCCCAGUGUCAAAGGUGUGUCUCGGUCUGUGUACCCGCUGGGCCGGGAGGCAGAAGAGAGGAAGAGGAUGACUGAGGAGCAGCUCAGCCUUCAUCACCUCGACCGAGACAGAGAACUCCUCAUCAGGGAAAGCCAGGAGAGAGUGGAGUUUGCCAGGAUCCACCCAUCCAGCAGUUGCCAUGGUGACCUGACCUCUCACCUUCUGGUGCCUGGUGGGGCCAGCCAAUUAAGUGGAGACCCUUCUGCUCACUCCCACCACCAUUGGAUGCAGCGGACUGGAAGUCCCUCCCUCUGGAUGGGCCAUUCAUAUGGUCUGAGCCAUGCUGCGCUGCACCAGAGUAUGGGCCCAGGGUUCGGCCCUGGCCUGCCUCUGUCCCAGGAUCCCUCUGGCUCCCUGGUGGUCUUGCCCUCUGAGCCUGCACACCACCACCUGGAUGUGAUGGAACAGUCAGCUCUGUGGCCCUCGGUCUAUGGAGCCCGAGGCCUGUCACCCCACAUGCAGCAUCACUCUGUUUACUCCCGUUCUCCGUUCCUACGACAACAGGAGCUCUAUGCCCUGCAGCACCACCACCACCAACAACAACACAGGGCCAUGGAGCACAUGCACCGACAACACACACUCUCACAGAGGAAGGCAGAGGAAACCACUAUCACCAUUGAUGACCGUCCUCUCCAUGAGACCUCGAGAACCUCUCGUGCUGCUAAGCUCUUCUCCCACACCCCUCCCUCCAAGACUACCCCUCCCUCACAGGGGGUGUGUCCUAGCAGCCACCAAUCACCCUGCUGCCACUCCCCUUCCAGUAGACCACACCCCCAGAACCUUCUAAACCCCGCCCCCAGCCCUGCGGCUGCAGCCCCGAGAUCACCAGCUCUAAGCCCCGCGCCCUCACACCUGUCAAAAGUAGUGGAGAGAGGGGAAAGAGGAGAGGGACAGCCGCCUCAGGAUUACCCACAAUCCUUAGAGCCAGAUCUUCCACCAGGUUACACCUAUCCAGAAAUUGCUAUGCGUUACAAGGCUGAUCCUUCCCCAGAGGAAGCUCGAUUUGCUGAACAUGCUGAUCUAGAGGUGGAGCCAACUGAACCCUGCCCUAAGCUCUGCCCACACACCACAAGGAUUGUGGAGAAUGAGGAUGCAGAAAAAGAGAAGAAGGAGAACGGCUGCACAGUUGUAGAAUCUAGUGGAGUUGUAGAAAGGGAACCAGAAGGAGCAGAGGUGGUUGGGCAAUCAGUAUCUGAGCCCCCACUAUUUGGAGUGAAGACCUCUGAAAUGGUGCCUUGUCCUGCCCAAGUUUCAAACUCAUCCCCAGCCACAGUUCCAGCUCCAGCCCCAAUCUCUGCAUCUGAGGAUGCCCAGAAAGGAGAGGUCUUUGUGGGCAGCCUGGCUCAGCCAGCUGGCUUGAAAGACUCACAACUAGCAGAGGAGAAGAAAGAGGAGGAGAAGAAGGAAAGUUCAGUAGAGUUGAAAAAUAAUCACAUACCAGAUUGUACUGAGGAGGAGAAGGAUGUAGAGGAGAAGAAGGAGAUAGAGAAGAGUAAGGAGGAGGAGGUAGAGGAGAAUGAGGAGAGAGAGAAGAGUAAGGAGAAGGAUGUAGAGGAGAAGAAGGAGAGAGAGAAGAGUAAGGAGGAGGAGGUAGAGGAGAAUGAGGAGAGAGAGAAGAGCAAGGAGGAGGAGGUAGAGGAGAAUGAGGAGAGAGAGAAGAGUAAGGAGGAGAGAGAGAAGCGUAAGGAGGAGCAGAACGUAGAGAAGGAGGAGAGAGAGAAGGGUAAGAAGGAGGAGAACUUAGAGGAGAAGGAGGGGGGUAGGAUGAGUCAGAGUGAAGUCUCUGUGGAGUUACUAAGCAGCUCCCAGAAUUCUCCAACCCCAAACCCAAACCCAACCCCAACCUCGGCCUCAGCCUCAGCCCCACCCCCAGCCUCAGCCCCACCCCCAGCCCCAACCCCACCCUCAGCCCCACCCUCAGCCCCAACCCCACCCUCAGCCCCAACCCCACCCGCAGCCCCAGCCUCAGCCCCACCCCCAGCCCCAAUCCCAGCCCCAACCCCAGCCUCAGCCCCACCCCCAGCCCCAACCCCACCCCCAGCCCCAACCCCACCCGCAGCCCCAGCCUCAGCCUCAGCCCCACCCCCAGCCCCAACCCCAGCCCCAACUCCAGCACCAUCCUCUACCCUCAGUGAUGAUCCCUGCAUCUGGAGUCUGGAGCUUCUCAUUGCUGCGGCGCUGUUUGCCACCCGGGAUGAACGCUACCCCGCUAUGCUCCCCUCCACUACAACGCUGCCUGCCCCACGCCCACUCCCACACCGAGGCAUGGAGAUACUGGGAGAGCUGGCUGAGCUGGGGAUACUGCAGAGGAACAGGGAGAAGGAGAGAGCGACAGGAGGAGAGGACAUUUUGACCUUUGACCUUAGUAGCCUGGCGACCCUGGCUGCGGCUCGCAGUCUGGAAAUUGGGGAAGGAGCUCCAGGGAGUGGAGAGGGGAAGCACUGUCCCGUCAGGAUGACCUUCAACCUGCGACGGAAAUGCAGCUGGACGCCUCGCCACGAGCCGGUGUGUCCGGUGAAGGGUGUCAUGGAGACGGUGGAUGGGGCGGAGCUAGCGAUACGAGUCCAGCUAGCGGAGAUCCAGAGACGUUACAAAGAGAAACAGAGAGAACUGACAAAGCUGCAGAGAAAACAUGACCGCCAGAAAGCAGAGACCUCUCAUAGCCCUGCUCGCAGACGACCCGGUCGCCCCCGGAAACGCAAGUCUACCUCCAGUCCCAGCGCCUCAGAAGGCCCCAAGAGACUCAGGGCGGAGGAUUAUGAAGCAGAUGGGAGCGGAGAGAAGCGGAGGAAGACGAUGACUAAUCAUGGCUUCCUCACGAGGAGGAGAGGUCGUCCCAGCCUGAGCUCCCGACUAGCACGGAGGGUGACCCAGCUGAAGCAGAAGGUUGUGGCCCAGAGAGGUGCACCAUCAGGGGGCAUGCACCGCCACAGACGGGACCCCAGACCUGGAGCCCACGCAAACUGCAGAGAGAGUGGCACAGCAGCCGAUACAUCCAGUAACCAGCAGGACUGGGUGCCCAAUCAGGGGGUGAGGAGAAGGAGAGGUCGACCAAGGGUCAAACUGGGCGGACCUUCGACCAGAGUCCUCCGCAGAGGAGGUGGGGCCUCUGUGAAGCAGGAAAUGAACGAGGGGAAGAGCAACAGCGAGUGCUCAGGCCAGGAGGAGGAAGAAGAGAGGCGCUAUGACAGCGACGAAGGACUCAAUGACGUAAAUACAACGAUACCAUCCUCCAAAGACAUGCCAACAAACUCUGCUGCGACUGGCUCAACCGCUAAGCUCCAAGCCAAUCAGAAAGCCAGGAGCAAGGAGGAGAGGCAAGGUGAUGAUGUGAGCAUGCCCAGUGUGGCACUGAGGAGGAGAGGCCCCUGCAGGCCAGGCCCUGCUACUGUAGAUGGGAGAUGCCCAGAGCUCCAAGAGCCACAAGGGGCUAGGAGAGAACCUGUACCCAGCUGGAGAGUCUCGUUAGUGGGCAACAGCCUCCAGGACAGCAGGGGGGUCCAGGGACCAGUGGCGGAGGCAAAGAGGAAGAUCUCGGGACAACAAAGCUUUCUGGGAAAGAGGAGGGGCUGCUGGCUAGAGACUGAGACCCAGAGAGAGGACACCACCAGGGGCAGGAGGAGCAGGAAGAAGCAGGCUAAGGGGCGUGCAGUGAGCCGGCUUCUGGAGAGCUUUGCGGCUGAUGAAGGAUUCCGAUUGGACGAGGAGAGCAGCUUCUCUGAGGGGGAGGAGGAAGACAUGGAGCAUACACCUCACACACACAGAGAACCAGCACUGCUUAACUGUGUGUUGAGCAGGGAGAUGCUGGUGGAUGGUCUGAAGGUGUUGAUAUCUAAGGAGGAUGAGCUGCUGUAUGCUGCCCGACUACACACUCUGGACCUGCCUGACAUAUUCCGUGUAGUGAUCGAGGGGGAGAGAGGGAACAGGCCUAGGAUCUACUCUCUGGAACAGAUAUUACAAGAAGCGGUGUUGGACGUGCGGCCACAGACAGAGGCCAUCCUGACUGCUGGGACACGUGUGUGUGCCUACUGGAGCGAACGCUCCCGUUGUCUCUACCCUGGAAACGUCCACAGAGGGGUUCCGGGCGAGGAGGAGAAGGGAAGUGUGAUGGUGGAGUUUGAUGAUGGAGACAGAGGAAGGAUCUCCCUGCCCAACAUACGCCUGCUGCCCAAUGGGUACCAGAUACACUGUGCGGAGCCAUCUCCAGCCCUGCUCUCAACUGGACGUUGUGGUCGCAGAAGCUCCACCCAGGACAGUAGAGACAAGCCCACAGGGGGACCAAACAAUGAAGAGGCAGAAGGAAGGAGCCAGGAGAGGAGACCAGUUGGACGACCAAAGAAGGUCAAGCCAGAGGCCAAUAGUUCAGCCACGACAUCUUCAGAGAGAGUAACCGGGGGCAACACUUCCUCGAUAAGCUGGCCGGCGAAGAGACUUCCAGCGGACUUCUUCCUGUUUAACGGGACAUCCCGUAAAACCCACCGAGUGUGUCGCCAGCGAGACCUGGGGGUGUUCCACCGCCCAGCCACACACCCCCUCACCUCUCCCACACCCCUCAAGUGUAUCUUUAGUUCCCCCUUUGAGGUUGACUCUUUCAGUAGCAUCGCCAACGGUUAUGCUGGAGCCUUCAGAAGUGGGACCCACCGGCCUGUUACCACGGUAACACCCCAGGUGCUAAGUGACUCUGUCGCCAUGACAACGGCACCCUCCAACAGGAAGUCGAGUGACAGGUACAGAAAACAGUUCCUGGUAAAGCUGGACCACGAGGGCGUGACCUCGCCCAAAACAAAGAAUGGGAAAGCUCUGCUGCGUUUGGGGGGCGGCAGGGGGCACAAGGGUCCAUCUGCAGGGGCAGAGAGGGCACCUCUCAGGUACAUCCACCCUGCCCUGGUGGUGAAGGAGGGGGCACCUCUCAGGUAUAUCCACCCUGCCCUGGUGGUGAAGGACAGAAAUAAAGGAGAAAGAAGAGGAGAGAGUGGAAUGUCCAAGUCUAAGCCGCUCCUGAAAGGGGCGCCAGCCCUCAGAAAGGGGCUCCCCUCGUCUGGUUUAGUGGGUCUGGGGGGAGAGUUUGGUACUCUGGACUGCCCCAGUGACUGCCCGAGCUCUUACUCUGAGCUGGAUGAAGACGAUGAUGAUGGAGAUGAAGACGUAGCUCGGAGGAGAGCUGCAGCGGCGGGCGCAGGACGUUUCCUCUCACGUCUCUCUGUUUGCUCCUCGUCCUCUUCCUCUUCCUCCUCUUCUGGCUCCCUCUCUUCUUCCUCCCUCUGUUCUUCCGACUCCUCCUACUCCUCUGACGAAGAAGAAUCUUCAUCCCUCCUUCUCCGCCGAGCGCUGCUCCAGCAGCAGAAACACAAACACAAACAGAGCUUGACGUCUAACACCUUAACCCCUGACCCCACCACAAAGCCCAACCCGAGCCCCUCCUCGGCAACACCACACUCCUACGUUGCAAAGGCAGCCAUGUCCAUCACCGGAGAGUCAAAGGUGAGAGGAAGUGAUAGAGGAGAGGACAGGAAGGAGUACACAUCAAAGGGGAGGACCAAUAGUAGCAGCAGUGCAUCCAAAAGCCAAACCAAGAGGAAAGGUGGACCCGUCUCCAACACACACACUCCGACCUCCAACACACACAACCCGGCCUCCCAGCCCAAACCUCCCAAGGACCACCCAGCAGAAAAGCGGCAGAGGAUGUUGUCACCGAUCCCCCAUCCUAAUAUGUCAGCCCUCCUGCCGGGUCGCCAGCUGUGGAAGUGGUCUGGAAAUCCCACACAGAGGCGUGGUCUGAAGGGUAAGGCCCGUAAGUUGUUCUACAAGGCGAUUGUGCGUGGUGGUGAGACGGUGCAUGUGGGGGACUGUGCUGUGUUCCUGUCCCCCGGUCGGCCCCAGCUGCCCUACGUGGGGCGGGUGGAGAGCCUCUGGGAGUCCUGGUCCUCCAGCAUGGUGGUCAGGGUCAAGUGGUUCUACCAUCCCGAGGAGACGAGCCUGGGAAAGAGGCAACAUGACGGAAAGCAUGCUUUGUACCAGUCGAGCCAUGAGGAUGAGAACGAUGUCCAGACCAUCUCCCACCGCUGCCAGGUGCUGUGUCGCACCGAUUACGAGCACCUGAUUCGCCGACGAAAGCCAGGGGGUGGGGCCCAGGAUCUGUUUUACCUUGCAGGGACCUACGAACCAACCACAGGUCAGCUGGUUAGCGCCGAGGGCGUGGCCAUCGUCCCCUAGCAACAACUAUGGAGUGUAAACAAAACAAAGCCUUAAAGAUGGCAGCCUCAUCUCUCCAGGAUGAAUCCAGCUACUGGUGCUGGUGUCAGUGAAGCAUGGUUCUGUCCAAAUCUAGAAGAGUUUGGAAACGAGGACCUUCCUUGGUUCUAGUUCCUGCUGGUUCUGGAUCUUGGUUCUGGGUCCUAUCUGGGUGUGGACGAUCCCAACCCAAAAAUGGAUAACAGCACUUUGGACCGCAGCACUGAAGUCAUCUGAUCUAAUGUGAUCUGAAGAGGGACUACAGUACUCUACUGACCUUCUGAAACUGACAGACAGUGUCCUCGCUACGUCUUGUCUCUAAGAGUUGUUUUACUGUCUGUCAUAGAGUCAAAAACUGUCAUAGACUGACUCUCUGGCAGUUUGUCAGAGAGACUCCUGUGACUCUUACUCGGUUGUUGCUGUAAGUGAGAAUGUGAUGUGUUCACUUCUCAGUCUAGAGACCUGGUUAAAUAAGGGUUAUAUAGAAGACAUAAAAUAGAGACUGGGAAAGGGAGUGAGAGAGAGAGAGAGACUACACUGGUGGCUACACUGCUCUGAUGAUAAAUGAAUGAUUGAGAAAGCAGGAUUGAGAAAUCUCAAAAGGACCAAAAACACUGUAGUUCUGAAGUGUGUGUGUGAGAGAGUAUGUGCUGAGUGGUUGUAAUGGAUGCAUUUGGUCCUUGAACAGCUGAAAGUAAAUAGUGCUUUAGUGCAUUUGCGGUGUGUUUGUGUGUGUGUGUUUGCGUGUGUGUGCGUGCGUUGGUCUCUCGUCUAGACCUCACCAUGGAAACCGUAGAUGUCUUUAACACUCAAAAAGUAAACCUACUAAACCUAAAUCUAUGAAUAUUCAUAUAUCAAUGGAUUUACUAACCGCUUCUUCUCUAGACAGAAAACAAGACAAAAAGGAAUGAUUAUUUCUACAGUCAAGCCAUACACUUCAAUACCUCUCAUAUCCUUCUAUUCAGGUACAGCUGAAUGAUUUGUCUAUUUCUGUGUGUUGUACAGCAUUAUGUAUAAAGACUUUAAUAUUCAACUGGACAUAGUAUACAUAUAUAAUAUACAUGAAGAGAGAACUAUAUUCCUCUUUGUUGCUCUUUACGUUGUUAUUUUUUCAAUGACUGUUGAAUAGUUAUUUUGGCUUAGGGGGAGGAGCUUUAAGACUUCUUCUCUUUCUGCACUGAGUACGUUGUGGAGAUGGGAUGGGGUCCAUGAGGGGUAAAGCUGUAAAUAUGCGACGGGAUGGGUUCAAGUCCCAUUUUGGGGGUUAGUGUGGAUUUAGUGACCGGGGAUGUUUUUAUAAGAAAAGUGGAAAAUGAUUUUUUUGUUCACAUCAUCAUUGGUCUAGUUUUGUAUAUUCUUCUUCUAGGUUUUAUUGUCUAUAAUAAUGUUGCUUAUUCUCCUGUGGGGGUUUCAAAUGUAGAUUUCUUUGUUUUUAGAAAUACUGGAAAGAGUUUUUUCUAUUCGCUGAUCCUUAAAGGUCCAGACUAGUUCUAGAUGUUCUAUAUCUAUAUAUUCCUAGAGGAAAUCUAUGAAAAUUUAUCUGGCCUAAAAAAAUACUAAACCAAAGCGCAUCUAUGUUUCGUUUCAUCACAUUAGAAUGCAAUAUGAAGAAAUAUAAAAAUAUGAAAAUAUUCAAUAAAAUCUGAAUUUGGAGAUCCCUGCGAUCAUAUUCAAGUAGCACACCUGGGUUUCCCUCCUACCUGUUGGCAUAGGACAUGGCUUAACGUUCACCAUCAUGUUGCCAUGGGAACACAGCAACUUUAUCUUCCUGCACGUAACUUGGCUGUUGCACUUCUAAGGCUCCAUGACAACCAUAUGGCAUCUCAUGACAGUGAAGGACAAUCAAAGCCAAUCAAAAGAGGGGAAUGUCUAAAAAAAAAUGAUUAAGGAUCCAAUCAAAAUUGUGCUUAAUCUUUUCACUUUUCUUCCUGCUUUGCCAAAAAUGUGUCUUUCUGUUUUUAUUUUUAUUUCACCUUCCACCCUUUCCUGCAUUUAUACAUGACUGGGAUGACUGUGUUUUCAGUGUUGGGGUUUUCACAAGGAGAACAUGAAUGCCUUUUCAUAUGAGACGUACAUGAGCUGACUUUUUUAAACAACAUUGUUGCUGUAACACUAUGACGCAAAAGCUUAAAAUACAUCUAAUGUGAACAUCCAUGUUAUAUUACUUUUUGUAGGUCUUUAAACAAUAUUUUAAAAGCUGUAUUUUCUUAAAGAAACACUGGAUUCAGUUCUAAACAUCACAUUGAGUGAAGUGACAUCAUCUUUGCGCAACCUGUUUUGAGGCCAACUGGAAACGACUUACUUUGUAGGUUUGGUAUAUAGUUUGUGACAAUUGUCUCAGUCAUUGUUGGAAAUAUGACUAAAAUAUUUCCCCUGUGUAAAAAACAAAGUUAUUUAUCUUAAUUUUAUUGCCUUUCUGUUGCAUUUAAUUAAUAAAAAAAUGCUCAAAUGCUCAAA